AUGUUUGCUGCUAAUGAUGCCAAUAAUACAAAAUUUGUAUUAGAUCGUAUAAAUCAAGUUGAAAAAUAUUUAGGUAGUAUAUGUGUGCAAUUUGGUAAAGUAUGUCGUAAAGAAGCACGAUUACGUGAUUGUAAUGAUGAAAUGGUUCAAAAUAUGUUUGAAUUUGCUGAUCGUGAACGUAUUAAUACAUCAUUAAGACAAAGUCUUCAACAAUAUGCAAGUUAUUUAUCAGCUGUUGAAGAUUAUCGUAAUACACUUAUUACUCGAGUUGAAAGUCAAAUACUUGAACCGCUUGCUAAAUAUGGGGAAAUUAUGAAACUUAAACGAAAUGCCGUACAAAAAGCAAUUGCUGCACGAGAUAAAGGUGUUCAACGACAACGUAAAUUACAACAAACAACAAAUCGUAAUCCAGGAAAUCGUGAUGCUAUUGUUGCUAUGCAAGUUAAUGCUGAAUAUGCACAAACCGAAUCAUCACGUGCAGAUAAUGUUGUUCAAGAUGAAAUCGAUAAAUUUGAGCAAAUGAAAUUAACAGAUAUUAAAAAAUAUUUAACUGAUUAUACAUUAAUUAAUUUAUCUUUUCAUGCUCGUGCUAUGGAAAUGUAUACAUAUGCACAUCAACAAUUAUUGAACAUUGAUAUUGCACAUGAUUUAGAGGAAUUUCGUACAGCUGCACCAUUUCAUCGUCUUCAUCCGUCUCAACGAAGUGUUAGUGAAACAGCACUUAAUGUUCCAAAACGAACAACAAAACAUGGUCUUAAUGGUGAACAUUCAGGUUCUAUGAGUGCAUUACCAGAUCAUCGUCAUGAUAGUGAAUUUGGUUCACGUUAUAGUUUACCACCAACUAAUACUAGUUCAUUAGAACGUAAUGAUCAUCGAAAAUCACAUUCAUCACGAAAUGUUCCGCAGAAUGCAAGUCCUACUCAUGGUCAUUCAUCUAAACAUAGUACAACUAAUAAAAAUAAAGCGGUCAAACCAAAUGUUGCUGAAUCAUUUUCAUCUACUACAAGUGAUUCAGAUUAA